CUCGAAAGUCUGCUCCUAUUUCGCGGGUCGCCGGAGCGCAGUCGCGGACCGAGCGCUUCCGCCCCACCACCAGAUCUCGAGCCUUCUAGAAUCCUCCGCCCCACCACCAGAUCUCGAGCCUUCUAGAAUCCUCCGCCCCUGUCCUUCCUUGGGCUCCUCCGGAUCCAGAACCUUCUAGAAACCACCCUCUCGCCAUCCCCGCCUUCAUCCCGACUUCGGGAUCCUCGGCUGCCGAGACCUCCCGAUCUCGGCGUGUUCCGGGCGGCGCGGCGGGCGGCGAGAUGGCGACUGUAGAAGGACCAAUGCCCAUUGGAUCAGCUAGCUCCAACUCCAAUGGCAUGGCCUCUGAGGAGUCUAAAGUCGUCGUGGUGGAGAACGGGAAGAUGGUUGAUAUUCAGGACAAGGAAGUCAGCAUGGAAGGUCUCUGCUCCAUAAGUACCUAUGAUCAGUGGUCAUGGCUUUCCGUGUCUGGGCAGCUUCCGAAACCCCGCUAUAAGCAUGGAGCUGCUGUUGUUCAGCAGAAGAUGUAUGUAUUUGGUGGAAAUCACAAUGGCCGUUAUCUUGGUGACAUUCAGGUUCUGGAUUUCAAAAGUUUGUUUUGGUCAAAGCUGGAAGCUAAAUCACAAUCAGGACCUUCAGAAUCAGCUGAAACAGUUUCAGUUGCUGCUUGUGCUGGUCAUUCACUGAUUCCAUGGGGAAAUAAGAUCCUAUGUCUUGCAGGACAUACCAGGGAACCUACAGAAAGUCUCAUUGUUAAAGUGUUUGAUCCACAAACCUGCACUUGGUCAACCUUACGUACUUAUGGAAGGUCACCGAGAUCACGUGGUGGUCAAUCAGUGACUCUUGUUGGAGAUACUUUAGUUGUGUUUGGUGGUGAAGGUUAUGGGAGAUCUCUUCUGAAUGACCUGCACAUACUUGAUCUAGAGACCAUGACAUGGGAUGAAUUUGAGACCACAGGCACUCCCCCUUCUCCAAGGUCAGAGCAUGCUGCUGCUUGCUAUGCAGAGAGGUAUCUUUUGAUAUUUGGCGGGGGGUCUCAUUCUACAUGUUUCAAUGACCUACAUCUCCUUGACAUGCAGACGAUGGAAUGGUCAAAACCAGAGCAGCAAGGUAUUACUCCAGAACCAAGAGCAGGGCAUGCAGGCGUAACUAUUGGAGAAUACUGGUUUAUUACUGCGGGUGGCAAUAAUAAGAAAGGUGUCUCAGAUACUCUUGUACUUAACAUGUCUACAUAUGUCUGGUCAGUUGUUACUAGUCUUGAAGGCCGUGCACCCCCGACAAGUGAGGUGAACUCAUUUAUGCUGUUAUUUUGUCCUUGUAAGGGCUCAAGUUUAGUACUGCAAACGAUCAAUGGAGAAGAUUUUCUGGUGUCAUUUGGGGGAUACAGUGGACGUUAUAGCAAUGAGGUUUAUGCACUCAAGCCAAGUCUCAGGCCAAGUGUCCCAUCUCAACAAAUAAGUGAACUUGAGACAAAUCGCAUUGCCCCCAUAUCUGUGGCAGCUACUUCUAGCAAGAAUGUCAUAUUUGAAAUCGAAGAGCUUCAAGAUGAAAAGCCUCAGGGUAGCAAUAAGGCAGAUAUCAGCAAAACUUUGGUGCAAGCAGUUAAGGGUGAGAGGAACCAGGUAGAAGACAGACUUAACCAAGAGCGUUUGCAGAGGCUUCACCUGAAGCAGGAACUAGCUGACGUGGAGAACAGAAAUGUGGAACUUGCUAAGGAACUGGACUCAGUCCAAGAUCAACUUCAUGCUGAAGGAGCAAGGGCUUCCAAACUCGAGGAUGAAAUUUCAGAACUUCAACAACGGCUACAGAAGAUGAAUGCCCUAGAAUAUGAGUUUGAGUCACUUCACCGUGAAAUGGACUCCCAAUCCGAAGAAGCAGCUUCAACUAGCAACCAGCCGCCCCGUGUUGGGGGCUUCUGGAGAUGGAAUGGAUAGCUCCUCAUGUUGGAGUAUUGAAAAGAGGACAUUUCUAUAGUUGCAUUCGUUACUUUUUUGGUCUAUUCUAAAACAUUUUAAGUGAUCCAAUGUAAAUUCUUGGAUGACAGUUCAGAACACGUACAGCUAUUUUUAUAUGGAAAGAACAGGACCAAAGAACUGUGCAAAGAGCUUUAAGAAGUAAAAGGAA